UUUGUCAUAAAUACAGGUUAAUAUGUCUACCGAAAUGGAGAAAUUAAAAAAGUUACGUGUUAUACGCUCACAGUGCAAAGGAACCAUUACAAGAAUCGACAGUUUUGUCAAGGAUCCCGUAGCUUUGGCAGCCGCCAGCGCCGAUAUAUUAGAGGCGCGUAAAGAGAAGCUUAUUUCCACCUUAAAAGAUUACGAAAAGGUGCAAAUGGACAUCCUAAGCAUUGAUGAAGGCGACGGUGAACAGGUGGGAGAUAUUGAAGAGAAAUACUAUUCCAUAUUAGCAAAAAUAAAUAGUUCUCUUAAAAUGUUAAACUCAAAAGUGACUUCGGAGUGCCACAACGCAUCCACAUGUAAGUUACCCACAAUUGAAAUACCCUUUUACGACGGAAAGGAUUUCACUAAAUUUAAACCCUUUUUCGACUUAUUUACUGCUGUCAUUGAUCGGAAUACCUCGCUGUCUGAUGUGCAAAAGCUUUUUUAUUUGAGAAAGUACCUACAGGACGAUGCGUUGGCGGUUAUUCUGAAUUUGCCGUUGGUAAAUGAGUCAUAUAAAGAAGCAAUACAAUUAUUAAAAAAGAGAUUUGACAACAAGGCUAGAUUAGUUGCAAAUCAUAUAGGAAUAUUGUUAGAUAUUUCUAAUAUACAAAAGGGCACAGCGGCUUCCAUACGAACAUUUGUUUCACAAAUAAAUCAACAGAUGCAUGCAUUAAAAAAUCUAGAUGAACCCGUUGAUAAAUGGGACAUGCUUUUGAUAUCAAUUUUGACUCGAAAGUUAGAUCAAUUCACAAACCGGGCAUACCAAUUAGACCGGGACUCAGACACCAUGCCUACGAUGGCUGGUUUCAUUGAAUAUUUAGAAAAGCGUGCUAUAGCGCUCGAAGAUAGUCAUCAAAAUAAACAUAGUACCUACUAUGAUGGUGCUAACAAACAUGUUAAUAAUAAAAGUACUUGCUAUGAAGGUACUCACAAAUCAAUACCUAAGGUUACAAAUGUGGUAUCGAAGUCGUUGCCGCCCUGUAGGUAUUGUGAUAAUAAAGACCAUCAGAUAUAUAACUGUCCUAUAUUUAAAAUUUUGCCUAUCGCUCAGAGGCAAUCUUAUGUAAAUGAAAAGCACAUGUGUAAUGUAUGCCUUAAUAACCAUGAUGGUAAAUGUAAAUUUACUUUUAAAUGUAAAAUGUGUAAACAGGGCCACAACACAUUGCUGCAUCAGGAGCGCAAUGUGAAUGUGGACAAGCCCAGGACAAAUAAUGAUGACAGUCAGCAGCCACUAUCAUCCGAUGCUGGUGAGUUUGACAUUGCUGUUAAUACUAUUUUAAAUUGUGUGUCCGAUAGUGGUGUUUUGCUGCCAACCAUAAAGGUCAAAUUAAUAACUAAAAAUAAUGAAGAGGUGACAUGCAAGGCAUUACUGGAUACUGCAUCUCAAGGCAGUUUUAUACGUUCAGAUUUAGUAAGCAGGCUUGGCUUAAAACCGAUGAUGGAACCAAACAAUAUUAUUGGUUUCCGUAAACAACUAUGUAAAGUGAAUGAGUAUGUAAUUUUGACUCUUCAGUCUUGUAAAAAUAAUGUUAAAAUAAUAUUAAAAUGUCAUAUUAGUGAUGAAAUUACUUCCAAACUGCCUCAAAGAACAUUAGAUGUAUCUAAAUAUCAUAUCCCAAAAAAUAUAACUUUAGCUGAUGACACAUUUUACAUUACAAAUGAUAUCCCUCUGUUGCUUGCAGCAAACAUCUAUUUUGCUAUAUUGUUGCAGGGCUGCAUUAAAACUGAAAAUGGACCGGUAUUUCAGAAUACCAUGUUAGGAUAUGUUGUCGGAGGAAGUAUCCCCGAGCAAGGACACCACUGCGUGUUCAAUCCUUCCAGUCGAACCUCACCUCAUCGUGUGGUCUUUGAUGGAUCAAUGAGAUCUAGAAAUGGGACAUCGCUGAAUCAAGUCAUGCUGAACGGACCUGUUGUACAGAGUGAGCUCUUUGAUAUCCUUAUUUUAUUCAGGACUUAUCCCUUUAUUUUAACUUGUGACAUUAAAAAAAAUGUUUCGCAAUGUUUUUAUUAA